AGAAAGCUGACCGUGGUGCGCUUGGAAACCGCCGCGAAGGGCCCGGGGUAGUCAGGAUCGAGCCCCUGAAGUGCAGUACAGCUGCAGACCAAACGCGUCAGCUGCAAACCAAAGGUGUUAUUCCAUUCUGACAGCCUAUCAAUUCAACAUGUCCAACCCAAAAGCAGACGAGGAACAGCAGCAAGCGCUGCUUCCCAAAUAUGAAGCACCACCCAAGAAGGACAAAGUCAAGACAGCGAUGAUUAUUACUUACUAUGCAUUGUGCUCCUCGCUGAUGCUCGUGGUUAAUAAGGUGGUCAUCACAAGUGUAUUGCCAGCGCCCACGCUCGUGCUAACCGUGCAGCUCCUAGUCGCGGUGGUAGUGGUGCUGAGCGGCGACGCGCUAGGCUGGAUCAAGGUUGAUAAGUUGGAGUGGGACAAGGUCCAGAAGUUUGCUCUGGUGGUUGGAGGUUUCCUGGGCACGCUGUUUGCCAACAUCAAGGUGCUUCAAUACGCCAACGUGGAGACGUUCAUCACAUUCCGCUCGUCAACGCCUCUGCUGCUGUCUGUGUGCGACUACAUCUGGCUGGGUCGCGCGCUGCCCAACGCGCGGUCGUGGGGCUGCCUGCUGCUGCUGCUGGCGGGCAGUGUGGGCUACGUGCUGGUGGACGCCGACUUCAGGCUGUCCGCCUACACCUGGCUGGCGCUGUGGUAUGCCUUCUUCACGUUUGACACGGUGUACGCCAAACACGUGGUGGACACCGUGCAGAUGACCAACUGGGGCCGCGUGUACUACGGCAACUUCUUGGCGCUCAUCCCUCUGGCGGUCAUGGUGCCGGUCAUGGCGGAGCACAACAUCCUGGCGGCGGUGGUGUGGACGGCGCCCAAGGCCUUCAUCCUGGCGCUGAGCUGCCUGAUGGGCGUGGGCAUGAGCCACGCCUCCUACCUGCUGCGGGAGGCCGUGUCCGCAACCUUCUUCACCAUCAUCGGCAUCCUGUGCAAGGUUCUCACGGUGAUCAUCAAUGUGUUCAUCUGGGACAAACACGCCUCGCCGGAGGGAAUCGCCUGCCUCAUGGUCUGCGUCGUUGCGGGCACCUUUUACCAGCAAGCCCCCAGGAGGCAGCCGCAGGCUCCUGUGGUUUCCAAUGCUGACAGCGGCGCUGCCGGCCAAGCACAGAAGCAGUCUGGGGCGGAGGUGCCGAAGCAGGCCAGCGGCAGCCGUAACAGCAGCAGCGGUGGCCCUCCGGCGGACGCAACUGGCGGGCAGCUGCUGCAGGAGAGGCAGUCGCUACUGCCCAAGACGACCAGCAGCCAGCUAGCUUCGCGGCCGAGCGUCAGCAACAACAGCCACCGGUAGCGCAGGCGAAGGGGCAAUGAUGAGCGAAGGAGGCGGAGACAAAGUGGGAGGCGUGCAUCACUGUAAGGCUAUGGCAGAGUGGGUAGACCAGGCCGCACGACAGCUUAGUUUGGCAGUCGUUCGACGACAAUCAUUAAAGCUAUUUUCGGUUUAUGUACCGUGCAUUGGCCGGGAAGGCUGAAUGGCUGAAUUUAUUGCCGGGUGAUGCGGUGGUUUGAUUUGUCGUGUUUGCCAGAAUCGCACUGAGGUGUGCGGGUGUGCGGCAUGCCCUCGCAAGCGCCGCCACGGGCCCAGUUCUGCCUGGCGCAAUAGGCAGGACUUCAGUCUUUAGUACCGUGCUACUGCUGCCCCAAUGAGCUGUCUGGCCAAGCGGGCAAACACUGACAUUCUUUUUGGCGGACUGGCUGACAUUCUUUUUGGCGGACUGCCCCGAGCGAAGCAACUUCCGGGGUCAAGGGUGGUGGGAGGGGGCAAAGGCGAGGCUUAAGGCUAGUAGGAGUGGUUGGAAUGGGGGAUCAGCGAGUGGCAAUCAAGCACUUUCAGGGGUUUUUAGAUUUUUCAGGAUCAUGCCCUUUUCCAGGAACACCCCUGUCCGUGGCUGCGUGCGUCGGCAAAACAUAGCAUACUGGCACAAACUGCGACUGCUACGUAUUAGUAUUUGUUAAUGCCUAUUGCAUGUAAAUAGGUGGAGGG